AUGGGGUCAGCUGGUGGCUACAUCGUCACGUGGUUCCCUUUGGUGGAUUUGCAGCUAAACAUGGAAAAGAGAAAAGAGGACCAGGUCAUCCUGUCAGUGACACAUGAAGCUGAGAUUAGCUUCAUCUCACUGGGACCUUGUAAGUGGCCCAAAGACCUGGAAAUGGCAUUGACAAAUGGACAAGCCCAGUGGCCCAAAGAAGACAUUAUGAUGUUACUGGACCUCCUGGAGAAUAAUCUUCCAUCCAAUGAUAGCCACACAUUCAAAACAACCCAGUCACAUAUGGACUGGGAAAAAGUCGCUUUUAAACAUUAUUCUGGAGAAAUGUGCAAACUCAAAUGGUUAGAGAUUUCUAGUAAGAUAAGAAAGUUUCGGACUUUGACAGAACUAGUCCUGGAAGCUAAGAAAGAUGUUAAAAAUCUUUACAAAAGUAGAAAACUCAAGAAACAUCCAGACAUGCCCAAGCAGCCCUUGACUGCUUACCUCCGUUUCUACAAGGAGAAGCGGCUCCUGUACUCCCAAAAGCACCCUGAGCUGAACAACCCAGAGCUGACCAAGGUCCUGUCUAAGAAAUACAAGGAGCUCCCAGAGCAGAUGAAGCUGAAAUAUAUUCAGGAUUUCCAGAAGGAGAAACAGGAGUUUAAGGAGAAGCUGGCUCAAUUCAGUAAGGACCACCCUGAUCAAGUCCAGAACUCCAAGACAUCAGCUGUCCCCAAAAGGAGCCCAACCAAAGCCCAAAAGAAGUUUGGGGGAAACGUUAUGGAAAUGAAAUCUCCCCCAGUAAACUGUAUUCCUGAGUUGAAAUUCUAUGGAGAGCUCAAGAAGCCCCCAAUGAACGCAUACCACAAGUUCCACGAGGAUGUGUGGUCCAGUGGGGAGCUGCAAGGCCUGCCCCCGAGGGAGCGCAUGGUGGAGAUUGGCAGACGCUGGCAGCGCAUCCCACCCAGCCGGAAGGAGCAGUAUAAGAAGCAGGCUGAGGAGCUGCAGAAACAGUACAAGGUGGACCUGGAGCACUGGCUCAAGAGUCUGUCUCCUGAAGACUAUGCUACUUACAGAGAGAGAACCUGUGCUAAGCGUAAGAACAUGAUCAUGAAUGGAGGCCCAGAGCCCAAGGUCAUCAGGACAGAGGUGCAGUCUCCAUCAGCAAGGACUCUGCAAGAAGGCCUUGCACAGGAGCAGGGGCUGCAGGCUCCAGAGACAGAAUCACCAGAGACUAUUGGGGACCAUGCUCAUGCCUCAUGUGUAUCAGAAGAAAAUAAGGACGAUGGGGAAAAGGCAGAAGGCAGUAGCUCCUCAGACUCCAGCAGUGGGGAUGAAGAUGAAGAGAGUGAGGACAGCAGCUCCUGCUCAUGUUCCUCAAGUGACACCUCCGACUCAGAUUCCCACUGA